GAGUGUGAUUUGGGAGCUGACCCGGUGGAGAUGUUUCGGAGGGUAUUUUGAACGCGGCGGUGCGGAGCUCGAAGCGGCUUCAGCGCGGGGUCUCCGGUUCCAUGGUUCACACCGCGGCUUGUUCCCGGUGAUUUAUUUCCCUUCUCCUCUUGCGCUCACCGUGGUUUUGGUGAAGGUGAAGGUGAAGUGUGUGUGAUGCAGCGUGCGGUAGCAGCGUGUGAGCCUCUGGGCCCUCUGGGGCCUGGGCCCCGCCCACUGGAGGGGAAAUCCUUCUACCUGGAUGAGGUGAAAAGUCACGGGUGCACCGUCCUCACCAGACACAUCGUCCGCCUCGGAGGGAAAGUGGAGAGUUUCCUCUACAAGGAAGUGAACAUUGUCAUCACAGGAAACCGGGACGCCCUGAACGCCGCUGCGGCCUCGUCGGGAAAGGUUAAAGGUCAGGAUCCUCCUUGUGAGGACAGAGGCAACGUGGUCCAGCGCCCGGGGACCCCGAGAGCUCCGGUGUGUGGCAGUCGAGGAAAAGCCUUGUUAGAGAAAGCCAUCCGCAAUAAUGAGCAGUCUCGGGGUGGUGUGUUAUCGAGCGCUGCUCGCUAUUGGGGUGUGAAGAUCGUGUCUGUGGACCAGUUUAUGAAGGUUGUAGUGGAACUGAACUCGCAGCGCUCAACUCACACACACUACAGGAAAGAGGAGAAGAAUUCGAGUGUGCGUGUGAUCAAAGCAGGCAGUCUGAAGCUGGACUUUGUGAAGGUGGAGGACUCGAGCAGGAAGUACAGGCCGCUGCACAGCCAGGCUCUGGAGUUCCCCAUGCUGAGCUACACCAGGAGAUUCAGUCCUUUUGAGAAUCCUGCCCCAGUGCAUCCUGGGAAGGGGAAAGAUGACACGCUGAGGAAAGAAAUGUCCAGAAAAAGCGACGAGGCGAUCAGUAGUGAAGAUAAAUCCUCCAAAGCUCCUAAAACGUCUCGCAAGAAGAAGAGCCUGGGCUUCUGCGAGUGCUGCCACCUGAAGUACAGAGAUCAGGACCAGCAGCACCUGCAGUCUGACGUCCAUCGGCGCUUCGUGGAGAACGUUCAGAACUACGCCGUGGUGGAUCAGCUGGUGGUUGAGAUGGACGCCGUUUUCUUGGGGUGUAAAGAUCCACACACGGACGCUCUAAUGACGAGGCUGUCGAGCGACUCGGUAGCGCCACCUUCUGAAUCAAAACAGAGUCAAAGUGAUGUAGAAACCUGUCGGCCAAUUCAAACCUUGGAAACUGCAAGCAAACAAGAACCACAGAGAAGUGACUCCCCAGUUCUCCCUCAGAAACCUCAGGAACAUCUUGUAGAUGCUUCUCAUGACCCUACUUUGGAAGUUGUGGAUGAAGAUGUAAACUCCACAUCAAACCUUAAAUCCUGCCCUCCCAGUCCUCACCCACAGGAAGGUUCCGGUUUGGACGAUAAACCUCCAGAGCUUACUGGUCCUUCUUCAGGAGUGGACUCGCAUGAUCAUGUACCCAAUACCACGAGACCUUCUACUGGCUUAGAAGCAUCACUGAACCAUGACCGAGGUCCAUCAAUUUGCUCUAAAGAGCGUCAGGAGGAUGCCCCGAGUGAUUCAUGUGCAGAAAGAGAGCAGACACCCCUGGUAGAUGCCACCUCGUGCUCUCCAUCAUUUCGUUCCCCGCCGUUUCAGUCACUGUUUAUGAAAUUAUCAGACGGUGUGAACCUCAGGAAGCGCAGCAGAUCCUUCACCCUCAGCCCAAAGGUCUCAAAGGUGAGGCGGACUAACAUGUGGUCUGAUCCGACCGAUCAGAACAGUGGGAUCGGAUUUGAUCAUGUACAGAAAAAUGGACAAGUUAAUGAGGUUCCUGGAGGUCAGCGUGAAACUGCAGAGCAGGUUCCCUUAUCAGAGGAUCGCGUGUCUUCUCCCAACCUUCAGCAGGACGAACCGCUUCUUCAGACGCCCCCGAACAAUCGACCUCCUGACCCAUCCUCGGAACUCGGUCCUCCUCAGCUCUACCCUUUCUUCCAUGAUGACCUCUACCAGAACCAUCCACCGUUUCUUGAACCUCCGACACUCGUCCCUGUCGUUCCUUUACCUUCAACAAACCCGACCUCCAGCACUUCCCUCCUGUCUCAGUCCUUCUCGUCUGUCUGCAUCGAGUCCGCUCUCGUCCCGGACACCUUUUCUCCUGCUUCUUCCGAAUCGGAUUGGGAUUCCGGCCUGCUGACGCGCUUCGCCCCGCCAGUCCACCUCCAGUCCAAAGGGGGGCGCUGUGAGCUGGACUUGGGUUUUCUCCUGCAAAGUUCAUGCUCUGGGAUGCAGGACGGAAGCUACGCGUCACGCCUGUGUUCCGUGCUGCAGCCCACCGCGUCUUCAUCUCACGCUGGAUUUGGAGAACCGAAUACCAUCUACAGGCCGAUGGACAGGAGGAUCGUUCAGGGCCUGGGUGUGUAGGAGCAGGACAGAGAUCCAGCACACGGCUUUCUCAAGGAUAAUCUUUCAUGUGUGAGAUCCAGCAUCACUUUGGACCAUAGACUGGAGAAACCUUCUCUAUGCAUUAUUAAUUUAGGUGUUCUUCAGGAACCCAGGGUGUUGAGAACCAGGCCACAGAAUCUGUUACAUCAAGAUCAGUCAUAACAAUAAUAAUGAUCAUCAUCCCAAACGAUCUUCUGAUUGAGUUCACAGCAGCACUUAGGAGGUGUAAAGCUCUUCAGGUGGUGUAACAUGACCAGGUUCAUGGUCUGCUUUGUAUCCACCCACCAAAUGCAAGGUUCUACAGAGGAUGUUUGGUUUUAGCACACACAAGUGUAGUGAGCUCCUCAAAGCAUCUAGAACCAAGAGCUUUCUCAGCUAUGAGAUUACACCUUUCAGCCUGGAUCUUCUCCAGGGUUUUCAGCACUAAAGCUUUUUCACGAGCACAGAACGAGAGAGCGAGAUCUCAUGUUGCGUUCGUAAUGAAGCGCUGCUGUAAGGGGGGGUGAUGGGGGGGUGAUUAGCCUAAGUGCUGCAUCUAGAUGUGUUCCUGCCAACUCUCCAGGGGGUCAGGUGUUCCAUCAGCUCUCAACUCCUGAACACAGCUUUUUCCAUCUACAGGAGGAAUGAACUGAUGAACUUGUGUUUUGUGUGAGAGUUCUGAAGGGCGGAGUCAUGCUGGUUGCGUGGGCGUGGCUUAUACGGUGCUCUGAAAGCUUUGAGAUCUGAGGAGCUACAUGAGCUUUAUAAAAGAUUUUAUACGGAAAUGAGAAACACUGGAGCUUGUGUUAGUUACAAACACUGUCGUGUGUGUGUGUGUGUGUGUGUGUGUGUGUGUGUGAGUGAAACGAUCAGGAAAACGUCACACACGUCCAUCAUGUUUCUGGAGUUUCAUUUCAAACGUGUCUGAUUUUACUUUUUAUUUUAAAGAUUUUAUUGUUUUUAUUUUACUUUUAAGCUUUUUUUUUUAGCUUGAUCAUUUCAGUUUGAUUUCUUCGUCUGGAAUCUUUUUUGUUGUUUUUUUAAUAAUGUUUAUUAAAAUCUGUGACUGAA